UGGGGAGGGGGUACCCGAACUCUUGGAAAAGUCCCCAGGCGGCGGGGGGAUCAGGACUCGCUGUCAGGCCGAUGUGUCCCAGAGCGCAGAGACCGCGGGAGCCGGUUUAAACGCUGUACCUCGGGGAACAGAACCGUGAAGGCUAAUUAGGACAAGUCGGAACAGGGAACGGGGGCGCGGGGAGGAGAGCGCGCUAAGGUGUCGGGGCGAUCGCAGGAAACUCAGGCGCCGGGCGGUCGGACCUAGGGCGACUUCUGCCCACUGUCCUGAGUGAUUCUGUGCCCGGCCCACGGCAGUGCUAGGGGCGCGCGCAGGGGCAAUCCCACACAAACUUGGUGACCGGGUGCCGGGGAAGGAUCGGACGUGCAAGAGGCGGACACUCUGUGUGUGUGUGUCCACGUGUGCAAAGUCGGGGAGGGGAGGGGGCACAGAGAGUGUGACACAGACUUCGUGUCUGCGUGUGGGUCUCGCUCUAGCCCGGAGCAGCGAACUGUGGCCCGCGUGUGUCUCACGGGAGAGCCAGGACCAAGGUGACAAAGACUAGGAGUCCGCCACGGAGAGACGCACCAAGGUGGCCCCCGCGCGUGUCUGCGUGCGCGCACUGGGACGUGCGGAGAGGGAGAGCCCGCCCGCGAGGUGUGCUGGGCGGCACCCCAAACCGCUUUCCAGAGAGAAAGCCGAGUCCAGAAAGUGAGUGCGCGUGAGUGUGCGCGCGCCCGCGUGCGGGGGCGUGGCAGUAAACAGCAACAACCCACAAGCCAGCUUGGCCAGAAACUCCGAUCUCCCUCCGAAGCCGGAAAGUGCGACUCGUCCGCAGCCCGGAGCUGGGAAGAGGUCCCUCUUGUUCCUGGAGCAGCUUCCUCUCCCCAGAGGGACCCAGCUGGAGGCUGGCCUGGGAGCCGGGAUGGCCGUCCACAAAGCCUUGCUGAUGUGCCUGGGACUCCCUCUCUUCCUGUUCUCCACCGCCCACGCCCAGAGCCAUGCCCCACCCGGCUGCAGCCCGGACCUCAACCCCCUCUAUUACAACCUGUGUGACCGCUCGGAGGCCUGGGGCAUCGUCUUGGAGGCAGUGGCGGGGGCUGGCAUCAUCACCGCCUUUGUCCUCACCAUCAUCCUUGUGGCCAGCCUCCCGUUUGUGCAGGACACCAAGAAGCGGAGCCUGCUAGGGACCCAGGUGUUCUUCCUUCUGGGGACCCUGGGCCUCUUCUGCCUCGUCUUUGCCUGCGUGGUGAAGCCUGACUUCUCCACCUGUGCCUCUCGGCGCUUCCUCUUUGGGGUCCUGUUCGCCAUCUGCUUCUCCUGCCUGGUGGCCCACGUCUUUGCCCUCAACUUCCUGGUCCGGAAGAACCACGGGCCCCGGGGCUGGGUGACCUUUACCGUGGCCCUGCUGCUGAGCCUCGUGGAGGUGAUCAUUAACACGGAGUGGCUGAUCAUCACACUGGUGCGGGGCGGGGGCGGUGAGGCUGGCCCUCCGGGCAACGGCAGCGCCAGCGGGGCCACCGCCUCCCCCUGCGCCAUCGCCAACAUGGACUUUGUCAUGGCACUCAUCUAUGUCAUGCUGCUGCUGCUGUGUGCCUUCGCGGGGGCCUGGCCCGCCCUGUGCGGCCGCUUCAAGCGCUGGCGGAAGCAUGGGGUCUUCAUGCUGCUGACCACGGCCACCUCCAUCGCCAUCUGGGUGGCGUGGAUUGUCAUGUACACCUAUGGCAACCGGCAGCACCACAGCCCCUCGUGGGACGACCCCACGCUGGCCAUCGCCCUCGCCGCCAACGCCUGGGUCUUCGUCCUCUUCUAUGUCAUCCCUGAGGUCUCCCAGGUGACCAAGGCCAGCCCGGAGCAAAGCUACCAGGGGGACCUGUACCCGACCCGGGGCGUGGGCUAUGAGGCCAUCCUGAAGGAGCAGAAGGGCCAGAGCAUGUUUGUGGAAAACAAAGCAUUUUCCAUGGACGAGCCGGCCUCAGGUAAGAGACCAGUGUCACCGUACAGCGGGUACAACGGGCAGCUGCUGACCAGCGUCUACCAGCCCACUGAGAUGACUCUGAUGCACAAAGCCCCGUCUGAAGGAGCUUACGACGUCAUCCUCCCUCGGGCCACUGCCAACAGCCAGGUGAUGGGCAGUGCCAACUCCACGCUGCGGGCCGAGGACAUAUACGCGGCCCAGAGCCUCCAGGAGGCCACGCUGCCGAAGGAAGGCAAGAACUCUCAGGCUCAGUCCCCGCAGAAUAACACGAGAUGGUAGACGCCCACUUUCCUGGACCGCACAUCGUCCUGAUGUCCUCAUUCCUGUGUCCAGGCUGGGCAGGGCCCUUGUCAUUGGAGCUGGGAGGGCCUGGAGGCCACCAACCUGCAGCAGUGGAGUCGGGGGCCUUGUGAAACACUAAGGCAUGUGGCUGGGGCUCUAGGGCCACCUACCCCCCCUUCCUGCCCAACCAGCCUCUCCUGGUCCCCAAGUGACUUGAGACCACAGGAGCGGUCUGUGGACACCCAGCCUGCCUCUGGACACCCGCCCCCCACGUCACUGCCCCUGCAUCCCCUCCUGUGGUUCUCCAGAUGGCCGUCCUCAGAUGUCCCUCUCUUCACAGCAUGGGCCUUCCGGGACAUCUUUUGGUGUCCAGCCUCAGCUUGUCUCGCUCCGCUCCAAGGUGAAGCCACACCAUGGAGAAUUUGGCCCCUGCCCUUCUCACCAGGACCUUCUGCCGCCAUCUGGACCAUGAGGCCACCGAGUUGGGCAGAGCUCACUUGAGGCCUGGACAGAUAGCGCCUUUCUUCGUGGCCUGUGGGUCCUAGAUCUGAGCCCCUCUGCAUCACCAGCUCACACCUUCAAUGAACUGGGUCCCAUCAGGACACAAGGUGGGGGAGUUCCCUUGUGGCUCAGUGGGUUAAGGAUCUGGCAUCACUGCUGUGGUACAGGUGUGGGUGUGGCCAGAAAAAAAGACACGAGGUGGGAGUUGGGGCUGCAUUCUCAGGGAUCAACAGAGGGCUGGGCCAGAUGGAUGGGGGUCUAAGCCUCUCCCAGGAUCGGACUUGGGGCGGCUCCUUAGAUAAGUGGCUUCCAGGACUGAAGAUUGUGCCAUUUCCUGAUGGGCCGAUGGCUAGGUUUCUACCUCAUCUUGGACACCUGGCUGCUGGCGCCGCAGCCCUCAUCCACGACGUGCUCCAGCGGGUCCUGACGGCCACCCAGAGGAAUGGGGGCAUCCUUGCGAUGUGUGAUGCUGGCACUGACAGAGCUGCGCACACAGCUCCAGACUCGGGGGGUGGGGGGGGGGGAGGAGAGCUCUGUAGUGUCGUCUCUUGCUUUCCUCCUGCCCUCAGGUACCAGAGCUGGCUCCUCUGAGGCCCCGGGAGCGCCCCUCUGUGCGCUGAGAUGAGGGACCAUGAGUGUGAUGCAGGUGCUGACCCCAAAGUCAGUCCCACAGCCCUCCAGGAUCACUGUCCUGCCCCAGCUCCUGUGCCUUUGUCACUGGAGUGUUUCUCCAAGGCUAAGUUGGGUGAACAGGCCCUGCAGAGAGUAGGGCUGUACAGUGACAUGUGACAACGCCCUUCCCAAUCACUCGUCCUCAUACUGGGCUGCUCGGUUCCAUGAAUGGGUAUUAUUUACUCCGAUGGAAGGGAAGGGGGAGCUCUGUGCACCUCCGACUCCUCUUGAUCUAGGUUAGCAGCCCCAAAUCCCUUAACAGUGAAUAAAGGCGCUACCUUGCUUUCCA